AUGGUGGUUCGGGGCCGCCCAAAGCAGGUGUCUGACGUGGCACAUCAGCAGGAGGUGGUGGCGACGCUCAAGAACACACUGGCCACUGGCAAUCUGCCCCAUCUGCUCUUCUACGGUCCGCCCGGAACAGGCAAGACGUCGACAGCGUUGGCCAUAACCAAGGAACUCUUCGGCCCUGAGCUAUACUCGUCCCGGGUGCUGGAGCUGAACGCGAGUGAUGACAGGGGUAUCAGUGUGGUGCGCACCAAGAUCAAAGACUUUGCUGGCGUGGCCGUGGGGCACGGGGUCAGCGGCUACCCCUGUCCACCGUUCAAGGUGAUCAUACUAGAUGAAGCCGACUCCAUGACUGAAGAUGCACAGAAUGCUCUACGCCGAACCAUGGAGCUCCACUCGCGCGUCACAAGAUUUGUCUUCAUCUGCAACUACAUCAGCAGGAUCAUCGAGCCGCUGGCCUCCCGAUGCGCCAAGUUCCGAUUCCGACCGCUGGUGGGGCAGGUGAUGACUGACCGGCUCAGACACAUUGCGGACUGCGAGCACCUCACUCUCUCAGAGGAGGCCUUUGAGGCGCUGAGCCAAGUGUCGGAGGGCGAUCUCAGGCGAGCCAUCACAACACUGCAGAGUGCAGCCAGGCUGUACGGCUCGUCCAUCUCAGCGCAACACAUCAUUGAAGUGUCAGGGGUGGUGCCUGCCUCAGUUGUCACCUCCAUCCUCGAGGCCUGCAGGGGAGGUGCUUUUGAAGCUGUUCAGUCUGCUGUCACUGCUGCUGUUGCUGACGGUUACCCUGCUGCGCAAAUACUCUCCCAGCUAUUUGAUGCAGCCACAGCAGCAGACGACCUCACAGACGAGCAGAAGGCGCGCAUCUGUGCCACCAUUGCCGCCGCUGACAAGAAUCUAGUGGAUGGGGCGGACGAGUGGCUUCAGCUGCUGGAU